UCUGCAGCUCCUUGCAGGCAAAGUUGUAGAGGGUGAGAGCUUGAAGGGAGAGCAGGUUCUAAAUUGAAGUCCUUCCUCAGACACUAAAUCGAUGGGAAACUGAAAUACACAAAUUUGCUCCUGGUAACACUUGGCGCAUUAGGUAACUCACAAGCCUGGAUAUGAACUAAGGAAUGCCAAGAUCCAAAUCUACCACUCUGAAAUUGGCACAUGUGUUUUAAAGGAGUCACUUUUCUCAUGCCUGAUAUACUGGAUCACACUCCAUCACCGUAAGAGGUGAAAAACAGACAUCAGAAGAGAAGAACACAGUUACCACUAUGACAGAGUUGAGUCCCACAGCAGGGAAGAACUCUCAAGAUAUACAAGGGGAUGAGAAGCUCAGUCCUAGGAAAGCUCCUAGCAUUUGUUCCACUCGCUAUGGAAUAGCCUUCAUCGUACAUCUCUGCAAUUUCAUAAUAAUGGCACAAAAUAUUAUCAUGAAUAUCACCAUGGUUGCUAUGGUCAACAACACAAGUCAUCAGCCCUCAUUUAAUGACUCUACUGAGGGGUUGCCUGUUGAUUCCUUUGGUGAUCCAAAUAAUUCCCCAAAGAGUCUUCCUGCAAGGGCCCCUGUGUAUGAUUGGAACCCUCAAAUCCAGGGCAUCAUCUUUAGUGCUAUCAACUAUGGCAUGAUUCUGACACUGGCUCCCAGUGGAUACCUGGCUGGAAGAGUAGGAACAAAGCGAGUGGUUGGUGCUGCUCUGCUUGGAUCCUCACUUCUUGUUCUUUUCACCCCUCUGGCAGCUGACUUUGGACUAGUUUUCCUCAUUGCAACUCGAAUACUUCAGGGCAUAAGCCUGGGGUUAGGAUAUGGGGGUCAGUUUGCAAUCUGGGAAAGAUGGAGUCCUCCACAUGAACGAAGUCGACUCUGUGGCAUUGCCGUAUCAGGACUGCUGCUGGGUACCUGCAUCGCCAUCCUGCUGGGUGGCAUCAUCAGUCAAACCCUCGGGUGGCCUUCUGUCUUCUAUAUAUUUGGAGGUUUUGGCUGUAUCUGCUUUCUUCUCUGGUGUGUUUUGGUUUAUGAUGACCCUGUCACUCAUCCAUGGAUAAACAUUACAGAGAAAGAAUAUAUCAUAUCCUCCUUGGCCCAACAGGUCAACUCUACUAAGCAGCCUCUUCCUAUCAAAGCUAUGGUCAGAUCUCUACCUCUCUGGUCCAUGUGUGUUUGCUGUUUCAGCCAUCAGUGGUUAAUUAAUAUAAUAAUUAUAUAUGCACCAACUUACAUUAGUUCUGUGUUCAACAUUGAUAUUAAAAAUAGUGGUUUCCUGUCUGCCCUUCCUUUCAUUAUUGCCUGGGUCAUUUGCCUCCUGGGAAGUUACCUGGCAGAUUUCCUUCUGACCAAGAAUUUUAGGCUUGUUACAGUGAGGAAAAUUGCCACAGUUCUAGGAAAUGUCCCCUCCUCAACAUUCCUUUUGGUUCUGCCAUUUGUUGCCUCCAACUAUAUCAUAGCAGUGAGCCUUCUGACGCUCUCCUGUGGACUAGGCCUGUUAUGUCAGCCAGGGGUCUAUAUCAAUGCCUUAGAUAUUGCUCCAAGGCAUUCUAGUUUUCUCAUGGGAGCUUCAAGGGCGUUUGCACAGAUAUCUGCUGUCCUGGCACCCACUGUCAGUGGAUUUCUUCUCAGUCAGGACCCUGAAUUUGGGUGGAGGAAUGUCUUUUCCUUGUCAUUUGUCAUUAACACAUUAGGACUGAUCUUCUAUCUUAUCUUUGGAAAAGCAGAAGUCCAAGACUGGGCUAAAGAAAGAAAACUUACUCAUUUAUGAAGUUACCCCACUUUGGAUGGAAAGUCAUUAGGUACUUUAUUUCAUAAAUGAGAAGCCUUCAGUGGUGGACAAACAGAAAAAAAUUUUCUUUGCUGUAGCUCUUUUCAAAUCUGAGAUCAUUUCUUUAUUUUACUCAGACUUCUUUUUGAGGAAAAUACCAGAUGAAUGAAAAUCCAAAUAAAAUGAUAGCCAAGAAAAAAGUUGUCAUCGUCACAGAAUUAACAAUGGAUUCAAAGGAGCUGCUGUACGGGACCCAGUAUGCUAGAUUCAUAGAUUUUGGAUCUCUAAACAGGAAACAGUGUUUUGAAACUCUUAAUGCCGGACAAUAACCUCACUAACACAAUGGUUCCUCCUAUUUGCAAAAACAAAUACUGAUUUAUAUUUGUUGGGCUCAGUAUUGUCCAUGUGUUCCUUCCUUUGUGUGCUCCACUCCCCUCCAUCCUGCUCAGGCCCCAGGAGGUUGACCUGUGUGGUUUGCACCCCACACUUUCUCUCCUGCCUUCUGCUGGAUUUUCAGUGGAGGCAGGAGAGUGAGGAUAGGAGUAUUUAUCUCUACUGUUCCUCCCCAUGGAGACUGCAGGUGGCUGAUCCUUCCUCUGCAGUUCACAGCUCCCAGCAAACAACUCUCUCCAUACUUUCUUGUAACAUCUCUCUCCCCUUGUCCUUUCAAACCUUUUUUGGCCUUUAUGUUGCAAGCCCUGGAAUAUCUUAUGGUUUUCUUCCCACCAUCUCAGCCCUAUGUAAUAGUCUCAUUUAAUACUGUCCUCAAAUUACCCACUAUGAGUCUGUAACAUUUCUUCUUCUAGGAUCCAACGAUUUCAGUAAAGUCAUAUAUAAAGCUCAAAACAUGAAA